CCAAGGACAGCAUCACACUAUGAUUUACCAAUUUCUUUUCCUCUUUUAUUGUUAACAUACCUAGGUUCCUGCCUGGAGGAUUUGGUGAUCCCCUGCUACUAGACACGGAAGCCUGUUAAGCGAAAGCUUCUUCUAUUCCGUCCACAACCAUUUGAACCCUUUGACUCUGAUGUCUAAUGUGAAAGUUAGCGCGCUUUGUGGAGUUUGCGUUGCGACAAGUUAUUGAUGGUCGAGAAUGGAUGGAAUUAGGGUUCAUUGCAGUCGGUCAAAUACAUCAACUUGAACGGGCACUGGUGACGGCGCAGGACGGAAUCAUACACUCCGCAUUUGUCUCAACCGUGUACAAGCAUGUUUUAAUUGGUGCUGCACUCGAUCGCUUUUUUCAUGCAUCACUAGUCUUUCAAAAUUGAAAAGACGGAAUAAUGAAUAAUCCAAGUGGAGGAAAGGACUCUAGUCUUGUACAAUGCAUUUUAAAAGAGUUGGCUGAAGAACUCUCACCAUAUGGUUUUGAUAUAUCCCCAUUUUUAUCUGGUUGGUAUGAUGCUAAUAUCAGUUCAAAGGUCCGGCUUGGGUCUGAUCUAGCACCUUAUGAAGACUGUUUAUGCAUUUGUUUGAUAAGCAGUCCACAAAUGUUUGAAAAGACAUUUAUACCAACUGUUUUUGAUUGGUGUAAAGAGUCAGGAAUAGAAUCACUGGAUAAUGUUUUAAAAUGUUUGAAAACUCGGUUUUGUGGAUCUAGAUUUCUUCCCGGCUGUGAUGAUCCCUUCGAUUGGACUGUUUUUAUUCGAUUACAAAAGGCACUAAGUAAUUCUGUUCAAAAUUUAAAACUUAAUCUAACUCCUGACGAGUCGACAAAGUUAAAUAAUGCGGAAUGGAUACCAGAUUAUGCCAUCAGACCAGUUACUCGACUUCCCUAUGUUCAUGUGCAAACAGCUGGUCACGUAUCAGGAAUGGCUUAUUUUCAUCAACCUAGUGAUUCAAUAAAGAAAAAGGCGGUUCCUAUAGUGGAGUCAGUUUGCAUCCAUAUUACGGCGGUUGGUUCGGGUUUAGGUAAGUAGUCUAUUUAUGUAAAUAAAACAAUGUAGAUAUAAUUUAGCUUUGUUUACUAACGUCAUUUGUUCUAGAAUUCUAAUUUUUAUUGUAUUGUGAAUUUAACCUCUAUUUCCACACGACAAAACAAGGUAUAGGUAGCCCUGUUAAUUCUAAUCCAUUGCAUUAAUUUACCAAUCAGACCAUAUUGUUUUGUAAAGACAAAGAUCAGUAAAUCCCAAAUUGGUUCAUACGCAUUUAAAAAUGGUUAAAUCAGUCAAUUGAUGCUAUGAGACCUACACUUUUUUCUUAUUUCCACGUCAUUAAUACUUACUAGUGUACAGUUGUGACUUUAGAUAUCUAUCCAUGUUUGUUAUUUUUAUUAGUUAAAGAAGUCAUUGCUUUUAAAAAAUGUUACUAUUACUUAGCGGACCAAACCAAUGCAAAGCCCACAGUUCCAAUAAGUGUAUCAGGGGUUUAAACCAUGCUAUCCCAGUUGAGACAAUAUUUAUGACCGUUCAUACAGGUUUGUUUCAUAGCCUAGUACACAUAUCUACACGUAAUGUUUUCAUGUUAAAGUGAUAUACUUAGGACUGUACACUGUUUAAUAUAUUAUGGUCUAUUAAGAGUGCAAGUCUUUCGAAAACUGAAAUUAUAAAUACAUAAUGCUCUUUUCCUUCUCAGAGGUAUUUAUAUCUUCCCCAACUUACGAUAUCCAACUUUACCAAGACAAAAUCCAUUAUCUCCUAUCUAUUCCGAGAAUGAACAAUUGCCGGACGAAUUAUUAGAACAUGUAUUGCAUGAAUAUAAUUGUUGUUGGAAUGAAAAUAAAUGGAGAGAUUAUAAGUUACCAGAUACAAUUGAUCACCGUUAUUCAUCAAAUGCUUUAGCUUAUUUUUCAACGCCACCAUCAGAACGCGUACAAUUUGUUCGAAAUUGGUUUGCACGUUAUAAAAAUAUUGAUCAAUAACAAUAACCAAAUCCAUACACAAUUUGACUACCUUAAUUGUAAUUCAAACGAAAGACAUUGUAUUUUAGACAAUAUCGGGAGAGUUGACACUAAUGUAGCUUGGUGAAAAGUGUUUCCAAAUGAAUUCAUCUUAAUGCAAGUUUUGCUUUGUUUAAAUGAGUAAAUUCAUAGACAGUUCGGUUUGACUGGGUUGAGGUAUUUGUUUUUAUCUUUAUGUUUUUAUCGAAUUAUUAUGCACUGUAAACUUUAUUUUGCCUUGGUUUGAUAGCAAAAUAAUAAGAAUUCUCCUACAUUUUCCACUGUAGACUUUCAUAAACAUUUUAGUUGAUUGCAUUUAUAUGAUUGUUUUUAUAUUUUCGCUGAAUUUUUCGUUAACUUGACUUGAUUUUACUUUGAUUUAUUAAUAACAAUGGUAAUAAGUAAACAUUCUUGUACAUAUUUCAAUGUAUAGUUUAUUCUGUCCAGAAAAUGGUCAAUGAAAUAUUUAGUCGUUAGCAACGUAGAACCUGGUAGAUAUUUACAUUGGUUCAAUUUGGCACACCAUAUCACCAUAGUGAAAUGAAAUUAUCAAGACAUCCUAGAGAGGUAGAGGAUUUAAAAGUAUACGUGGUAGUAAAAAUGUAGGCAUAGGCAACAUGACUCGAGAAUAAAGGAUGAAUCCCCGGGAUAAAAGGUAGAAUAUUGUUCUAAAGCUCGAUCUAAAGAGAAACAAAGAAUGAAUGCAACUGCGCCAUUAAAAUACAUAAACCUUAUGAAGGUUCCUUGGUCGAACACUACUAGUCGAGUCAGAGCAUAUGACGAACUGUCAACUGAUUUUGCAACCCCAUGUGGCUUGCGGUCAGGCUGUCCACUAUCUCCAUUUUUGUUCAACUUCAUCAUAUACCUACUGAUGGAAAUAACAUUCUCGUCGACUGAAUUUUCAGUAAUUGAUCUCUUUCCACGAGGUCCACUUAUCGACUCAGAAUACGCGGAUGGCAUAGUGCUGUUUGGUGAAAACGCUGAUAAAAUGCAGAGUCUUUCGGUAGCACUGAGUAACAAUGCCAGGAUGUUUGGGAUGUGUUUCUCCCCUUCUAAAUGCAAGUUGUUGCUUCAGGACCGGCCUGUGUCAACACCUGGACUAUAGAUAGGAAGUGAAGUAGUCAAACGUGUCGACAACUUCACUUAUCUUGGAAGUUUUUUCAACCCUAAUAGGUUGGUGUCUGACGAAAUCUCAGCACGGAUCCGAAAAGCUCGUUUGGCUUUUGCCGACGUACGUCACCUAUGGCGAAGGUGAGAUAUCCGUCUGUCAAUUAAGAGACAAGUAUACUGCGCAGCAGUUCGUUCUGUCCUACUUUACGGCUGUAAAACGUGGCCAUUGAGAGUAGAAGAUACUCGUAAGCUACUAGCAUUUGAUCACAGAUGUCUUAGAAAUAUUGCUUGUAUCUGCUGGGAUCACCGGGUAAGUGAUGGUGAGGUUAGAUGCUGGAUAUUAGAGAAUGAUGGUAAAUCAUUUGAUGAGGUUGUAAAUUUUCAUCGACUGAGAUGGUUGGGUCACGUGUCACGUAUGCCUAAACACUGAUUACCACGACUUGCAGUGCUGGAUAAUGUUGGAGACGGUUGGAAGAAAGUUGAGGCGGCCAAACCAAAAACGUGACAUCAGUCCUUGAAGUCACUAUUUUCUAGUCUUAGCCAUGUUGGUAUAUGCAGACUACUAGGUUGGGUUCCGCGUGACUAUCAUAACCAAUGAUUGGAGACUGUGUGACAUGGCUCAGAAUCUACCACAAUGGUGUAGGUGCUUACACACAUUGUCUUUCAUUAAACUGGGAUAUUAAAAUUGCUUUGUACCUUUCUUUAUACGAACUAAUUCUUUCUUCUUGUGUUAUGUCCUUAUACACAGUCUUUCUUUCAUGUGUUAAUACCACUCAAGUGACUGCUUCUAUGAAUUUGGUGUCCAUCUUGUUGUGCUAAUGAUGUUGGCAACUUUGACCGAUGCAUAUAUGUGCCUGGUCCUACAUUGCAGCUGACUGAAUAGUCAAUGGCUUCAUGAACUAAUGCCUUAGUUGGUUUGAAUUUCAGUAAUUACUCAGUGACCAGCCACUUGUAAAUAGUGGGUGAUCGCCACCAUUGAUCAACAUCUUAAAUAUAUUCUGGUCAUACGAAAUUGAUUCUGCCUCUUAAUUGUUUAUUUAACUUAAAUUAU